AUGAUCAUUUCCAAAGGUGGACCGUGGACGUCGGCGAAACCACAUCCACGGUCGGCCUUUGGAAAUAAUCGAGCAUACAAGCUUAUUCGAAAUUUGCCAUCAGCCGCUGAAGGUCGCCAAUGGGUCCUUACCUUCAGCACCACUAGAGAUGGAUUUAGUCUAUCUACCUUUUACCGCCUUUGUUCCACUAUGAAUCUGUUCUCAGUGGAAGAUUCUACCCACUUCAUAUUUAGUGCAGCUGUUGAUACAGUCGAUUUCAGUACCAGUGACUCUUUGGCUCAUUCCACCUUUUAUGAGCCCUCGGCUUCUGCGCCCACUUCACCAUUUGGCCUCUCUUCGUCGGACUCAAUUCAGACUUACUGCUUUGACAGACAAACAAAUGAUAGUUUAACUAAGGGGGAUACAACUACAAGUGACUAUUCGUGUUCCCCAAUUGCCCAAAUCCAGCCAGAACAGGAGAACUUGAUCGAGAUUGGUGUGGAAGCUCAUGAGGAAUUUGAUGCAAAU